AUUCGAGGUGCGGUCUCACCAGUGCUGAGUACAGAGGGAGAAUCCCCUCCCUGGACCUGCUGGUGACCCCAUUUCUGAUACAAAAGUGAGACCAGCCACAGCUGGGAUCCAUCCUGCAGCAGCGCGUGCUGGAGAGCGUGCCAGCAUGGGCAGUGCUUGCCGUUCCCACAGCCCAGCACGACCUCAGGUUGCUGAUCACCUCAAAUCCUGUGCUUAGUUUUGGGCCCCUCAGUACAAGGACACCAACUGCGUCUGGAGAAGGGAAAGGAGCUGGGAAGGGUCAGGAGAACAGGGGUUGUGGGAGCGGCUGAGGGCCCUGGGGGUGUUUAGCCUGAAGAAGAGGAGGCUGAGGGGAGACCUCAUCGCUCUCUGCAGCUCCUGGAAAUGUUGGAGCGAGGUGGGUGCUGGGCUCUGCUCCCGAGGAACAAGGGAUGGGAUGAGAGGAAAUGCCUUCAAGUUGCACCAGGGGAGGUUUAGUUUGGAUAUUAGGAAAGAUUUCUUCACUGAGAGAGGGUUGAAGCCCUGGCAGAGGCUGCCCAGGGCAGUGGUGGAGUCUCCAUCCCUGGAGGGGUUCAAAAAACGUGUAGACGUGGCACUUUGUGACAUGGUUUAGCAGACACGGUGGGGUUGGGCUGAUGGUUGGACUGGAUGAGCUUAGAGGGCUUUUCCAACCUUAAUGAUUUUGUGAUCCAGGCUUGAGGGAGAGGAUGGCUGGCACUGGAAAUGCCGGGCAGAAAUACCCUGCCAGAGCUCGGGGUGUUCCCAGCAAAACAAAGCCUUAGUCAAGGGAUGGGGGCUGUUUGCAGAACACGGGGAGUGAAGGAAAGCUGCUCAGGCUCAAGGACAGAUGGGUGUAAGCUGGCUACAAAUAAACUAGAUACGGUAAGGCUGUCAGAGCUGUGGGGGAACAGGCUUCCCACGGGAAUAGCAGGAGCAGGAUGGCCAACGCAUCGCUGGUGUGGUGUUGUCCCCAGGGAGGGACGUGAGGAAGGGUUGAUCCAGCGGGUCCCCCCUGUCCUCCGCUCCGUGUCUGGUCAGGCUGCCAGCCCGUGGGGCCCUUGGCUGGGCUCUUGCGUUUCAUAGAAGCAAUGUUUGUGGUGGGUUCAUGUUCCGUGGGUACUUAAAGUAGAGGAGCCUGAAAAGCUGUACUCUGUUCUUCCAGUCGAGAAGAAAUGAUCUGCAUCAUUAACUGGAAGCAGCAUCUCCUCUGUCCUUCCUGUUACUGGUAACCAACUCCACUGAAGUGUUACACAUGUCCCUGCUCCCACAGGGCCUCCACUGGACGCUGGUGACUCCAUCAGAUCUUGAACUUAAGCCCAGUAAACUUGGCUGAAGUUAUUUCUAAAGCCUUUAUUUUUCUCCUGAUCUAUAAACGUCGUUAUUCCAGCAAGCCCUAGCAUGGAUGCGAUCUCUGCAGCCUUGGGGAAUGUCUCUUCCCACAUGAGAACAGCUAGUUUGGUUUGAGCUGUUUCCGUGGCACAGAAAGGCUUUACUAAACCAGCAACGGUGAGCGUGGGACAGCUUUGUGCUGCACUGGCCCAAAGGCUCCUGGCGCCGCUGUGGGUGGUGGAGAUGCUGGGGCAGAGCGCAGCCUGCGGGGUGUCCUCCCUGGGAAGCACACACUGGGCUCCGCGUGCCGUUGGAGUCUCUGCCACCAGAUUCCAAGCCCCAGCGGUGCCAUGGGCAGAGAAGUUUUAUUUCUCCUUUGCAAGACAGAGGGAGCAAAGUCGGCUUUGCCGAAAAUAGUGGGUAAAGCCAAGAAAGACCAGCAGCGGGAGUCCUUGUUCUGUGCUUCUGGGAUUGUGUUUGGAUGCAAAAUGCUUCUGUUUAGUGGCUGGAUCUUCCCAACUCCGCUCCCUGUGCCCGGGUAGCACGACCCUGCUCAGCUCAGAAGGGCUCUCUGGGCAGGACACACUGCGGGCUCCGCACUCUCCUGCUCAGGGCAGUUUUGCCUCUGUGCAGUGGGGCUGCCAACCAGCUCUGGAGAGCCAGGCUGCUGCUCUGCUCUGCCCUGUGAGCCGAGGAUUGCUUUGCUUUGCUUUGCCCUGCUUUGCCCAUGUUGCUUUUGAAAGGGAAUCCGUACCAGGGCAGUGAUGGGUGUCCUGGGGCAGCUCCCAACUCCACAUGCCAGGAAAGCCACGUGCCCUCCUGCUCCCCACGAAGCGCUCUGGCAGAGCUCCUGCCCAUCACAGAGGGGUUGGAACUGGAUGGUCUUGAAGGUCCCUUCCAACCCAAACUAUUCUAUGAUUCCAAAUCGGCUGGGGCAGGGUUUGUGCUUCUCACUUUAAGACAAAGGAAAGCGCGGGAGGAAUGGCUUCUAAGAGGCUUAAACAGCAACAGGCUUUCUUUUCCUCCCGGGAAGGGCACACAGCCAACAUCUUGCUCGUUACGGAUCUGUUUUAAUAAGCAGAAUAUUGCAUUAAGGGUGGCUGAGUCUGCCAAGCACGAGCAGAACAGCUCUGCAGCCCCUGUGGCUUCCUUCACCCCAGUGCACGCGUGGCGCUCGGAUCCACGGGCCAUCACCCUCGCCGUUGCUUUUCCUGCUGGUCGGGACAGCAGGAUUAAUGGCUGGCUCAGCCCGGGGCUGUUGCCUCCUCUCACGGUUGUUCCUAGAGCAGCUGGUGCAGCGUGGGAGCCUCUUGGUCUCCUGGGUUUCCUCGCCAGCUGCUUUGAUGACGGGGGCAGUAAGGCCUGUGGGUGCUGAAAGGCGUUGUGUGAUGGAAAGACAGCAUCCAAGGAGUAACGGGAGGAGAUCUGUGACAUUAGAAAAGCCCUGGGUUCAGCUGGCCUGCGAGGGCGAGGAAAGCUCCCCCUGGGCCGGUGUCCCAAGGCGGAGGGUUGGGAAUGCUCCGCUUGGGCUGGGCUCACACAGGAGGUGUGGGGACAGGGGUCUGAGGCUCUUGGGUGCUCUGGGCAGGUUGGUUGGCUGCUUUCAGAAGAAUAAAUCCUCCUUUUCUUUACAACCUAAGUGAAGCUAAAAGGAGCACAGCCCAGUUUGUAGCUUUGUAGGUCACUGAAGGAGAAGGAGGGCUCUGCAGCGCUGCACUUUGGGUGCGCUCGGUGCUGCGCAGCUCUGCUCUGCCGGCUGCACAGGGGCUCACCUUCCCCCGCCUCGGAAGGAAGAAGCUGGAGAGAGAAGCUGGAGGGAGAUGACCUCCACCAUACGAUGCUCCGAAGCCGUGUGUGCAGCACGCCCCUCCAGACCCCUGGGGAGAAACAUUAGCCAGUAAAUACAGACAUCCCAGGAGACCUUGUGUCUUUGCUCAGCUCCGGGAGGGAUCAGCGAGGGGUUCUGGCGCUCCUCCCUGGACCUGUGACCUGAUUAGAUUCCCUGCUACCUUGCAGGAGGCUGCUCGGAGCGUGAGCUAGAAAAGCAGGAGCGGAAUAAAGCAAAGCCAAGCAGGUUGGGGAAGGGUGGAUCUACCUUCCCGUGCUUGCCAAGGCCUUGGCUCGCUUGGCCCAGCAGCCGGAGGUGGCCGUGCUCCUCUCCGGACUCACCUGCAAUGCAGGCAGUGCUGGGCAGCGCUCGCUGGCCCGGUGCCCGCCAAGCCUGGAGUGGGAUCUGUUGGAUGGACCAAGAAAGCACCACCCUCCCAACUGGUGGGGGAAACCGGCUUCCAACCUGCGCUGUUCAGAAGAACUGCUUUUCCCGGCUCUGCCGAGGCCUCUGAGCUCCUUGCUGUGAGGAAGAGGACAGGGCCACGCCAUGUCCAACGACCCCCCGCCACCCUACCCAGGCGGCCCCUCGGCACCGCUGAUCGAAGAGAAGCACGGCCCACCCCCCGCGGCCGAUGGUGUCGCCCCUGUGGUGGGACAACCCCAGGGGGUUCCCGUCCCCCCUCCUGAAUUCGGGCCACCCCCCUACGAGCCUCCCUCGCAGCCCGGGUUCAUGCCCCCCCACAUGCCCACAGAUGGCUCUGCGCCCUAUGUGCCCCCCGCAGGUUAUUACCCACCUCCAGGCCCUCACCCCCACAUGGGCUACUACCCUGCCCCGGGCCACUACCCCUCUCCUGGAGGCCACACAGCGACUGUCCUUGUCCCGUCCGGGGCGGCCACCACGGUGACGGUGCUGCAGGGAGAGAUCUUCCAGGGCGCCCCGGUGCAGACCGUGUGUCCCCACUGCCAGCAAGCCAUCACUACCAAGAUCACCUACGAGAUCGGGCUCAUGAGCUUCCUUCUUGGCUUAUUCUGCUGCUUCGUGGGGUGUGAUCUCUGCUGCUGCCUGAUCCCCUGCCUCUUCGAUGACUUCAAGGAUGUGACGCACACAUGUCCCAACUGCAAGGCCUAUAUCUACACGUACAAGCGCAUGUGCUAACAGCACCCCGGGAGCCUGAGGAAUGACACCAGCCUCUCUCCCGCUCUGUCCUCAUCCACGCGUGUGCAACGCUCCUUCGCUUCACCCUCCGGUGGUGUGUGUGUGUCCGUGUAUCCUCGCUCCCUCCCACCCAGAGCUGCCCACCUUCCCUAGGCUUCGCUCCUCCCUGUGAAUGGUUGGGUUGGCGAUGCCACAUGGGUGUGCCGGGGAGGGGGGGCGCAGGCCCAGAGGCCGUGUAGGGCCACACAGGAGUGGGGGAGCCAUCCCUCUGCACCCCGUUAUGCGCCAGGGUGCUGGAGCAACCUGGAGAAGAGCUGCAGCUGCUGGAUGCGCCCACCACUCACUGCCCCACGGCACAGGGGUGCCUGGCUGCAGGCAGGGGCACCCGAGCAGCGCACACAGGAGAGGUGGCACAGCCCCUGGGGUGCUUUUAGGACAGGGCUUGCUUGUAGCUCAGCGGUGAGCAGACGCAGAGGGUGGUUCAGGGCCCUCUGCAGCCAGGUGAGCAUGCAGCCAGCAGGCAAAGCCCCUUCCCAGGCAGAGCUGUGCUUGAGGAAUGGUGUGGGAGGACGGCAGCAGCACUGCACCCUUCAUCAGCACCUCCGUCCUGCAAGCGCAGCCACGGCUGCAUGCGCCCCUGCUAUGGCUCUUUUGGGGAAAGGAAAGCCCCUGGCAGGUCCUCACCCACCCAGCACAGCCAGCGAAACCGCAUCCGGCAUGGCGCUCCCUGCCCCGGCGCUGUAGAUUAGUGGGGUUUGUUGCCAGGUUGCAGUUCCGACGCAGCCCCAUGCCCACCGCUCCGAGCCCGGCAGGGUCUGUGGGCACACACCCCGCAGCACCCAACCUGCUGCCACCGCAGCUGCACCCCGAGGGUUCCCUGCAUGUGGGUGUGAGGGGGUAUUUUUUAGCUCACUCGAUACAAGGCAGAAGGAAGGGGGCAAGUGGGCAUCGAUAGGAGCUGCCAGCACUAUGACAGACGAGAGGACCUGGGAGCUGUUUUCAGCCUCUCCAAGGCUGCUGCGGCUGCUCUUCCUCCCUCUUGGAACAAGGCAGCAGAUCUCUCAGUAUGCAGCGAGUGGCUGCUCAGAGGGGGAACUGGGGCACUAGUCUGUGUUUUUAUGUAAAUAAAUAACAGACCCUGAA